AUGUCUGGCGCCCAGGCAGAGGCCGCCGUGAGGACGGGGCAAGAUGAGUACCGCGCAAAGCGCUACAAGCACGCGCUGGCACACUUUACCAGGGCGAUGCUUUCCUGUAGAUGCAAUCGCGGCAUGAAGAGGGAUCGCUGCUCGUGCAAGAAUUUUGAGGCUGUGGUGGACAAGGGCGGCUCCAUCUUCCACGAGGCCAUGUAUACCUGCUCCUGUUCUGUCGGCAAAAUGUUUAAUAAAUGCGACAAUCCUGUUCAUAUAAAGGCAUUGGACUACAGGGCAGCUACAUUUGAAUCGAUGAAGGAGCUUGAUCGGGCCAAAAGAGAUGCGGAAUGGAUACUCGAGCUGGCUCCUCGUCUCCCCGAUGUGUGUGCGCGCACCAGCCCCAUGGCUGGUAUGAAAAGAAACAAGUAUCCUGCUGGUGUCGAUGCUGGUAAUGCGAGUCGCAUGGCCACCAGCCCAAAAUUUCAGCAAUUAUAUAAUGCGCGGAAUAAGCUUCACCUACGAUAUUGUCGCAGGGAUCCUAUCUUUCUACCUUCGGAAUUGUUCGUUUGGAUUCUUUCAUACUGCAAUCUAGUCCAGAGAGUACGGUGCUUGGGGGUCUCCAAGCAGUGGCAGCGGACGCUCAUGUCGCGCGAUUUCGCCAGUCUGUGGAAAGACCUCGACUUUACAGGCUCCUCGACACCUCGACGGCCACCACGCAUAGACUUUCUCAAAAAGCUCGUCGCCGGUGCCGGACGCGACGUGCGGAGAUUGGUCAUUGAAGAACAGAACCACCGGUUCCAGCUCUCGCAAGCCAAGCUUUUUGUCUUAUUACAGGGAGCAGUGCGGCUGGAGCAUCUCGAACUCAGCUGUCCCGACCACACACUCAGGAUACCGCCGACGGCAGGCAUCUGCAAGACCCUCAAGACCCUUUCGCUGCGGUUGUUUGCCGCAGAACCAAAGAAGUCCGCUAUCGGUCUGGAUUAUAUACCGGCGUGCGCCUACCCCUUUGAGCUUUUGAAUCCCGUGGCCGAAACGAUAGAAACGCUUCAUCUUUCUGGUCUGCCUAUGAGCUGGUUCCGGGAGCAGGAUGUGCCUUGCAUGCCCAGACUGAAGUAUCUACACUUGCAGAUGCGCACGGGCUCAACAGCCCUAUUUCCAAUUCUGCACAUGGGUUCGAAAACGCCUGCCUUGGAACAAUUGUGGCUGCAAGAUACGCUGCCCGACCGUUCCAGCGACUGGGAGUACCAGUGGAGCAAAAUUUGGCCAAACUUCAAAGCUUUGAUUGUUGCUGGGAGCAACUCGAGCACGGCCGCUCGCUUCUCCAUCAGCCUCGUCAUACGAUUGUUGUCGUCGCUAAACCAUGGUCACAAGCUGGAAUAUAUCGAUCUCGACUUACCAUGGAGCCCCAAUCCAGACGCCGUCGCCAUAGAACCUCUGACUCUCGAGCCAGGUCCAGCCAUUCAAAAGGUCUGGAACAUGGCCGGCACUGUGUUGGACCCUGAGAGUAACUGGCAGAAUGAAUAUAGAAGCCUAAAGGCCAUCAGGCUGGCCAAUGCCGUGCUCAAUCCGGAGAGCCUGCAGCAAGUGGCGCAGCGCCAGGCCGCCGCUGGCCAGCUUCAUACCUUGGACCUCGUGUUCCCGCCAGAGUCCCUCGCCACGCCAGCCGGGGCCGUCAGCUCAGCCCACCUGGCCAAGUAUGAAUGGCUGGCCGGAUCGCCGGGAAUCCGCUGCAUGUCCAUCUCGCAAUUUCGGUUUCGCCCUUUUCCCAGAACCUCUGACGACCUGCCUUUACCGGCGUUUCUCGCAACGUUUCCGAAACUCGAGACGCUCGAGAUUCGAUCCGAACAUUACGAUGAAGCGGAGAUGUGUUCCGUCAUUUCAGCCAUUAUCAAGGAGACAAAGACGCUCAAGCUCAUAUACCAGAACCAAAUACGAGGCGCGUUGAUGGACAAGCUUGGAACGGCGGCAGCAAAACACGGUGUCAAGGUAGCGUUUGGCGAGCGACCGCGGGAAUGGCCAGUCCCGGUCACGCCAUAG